AAAGGGUAUUUCAACUUAAAAGACAUCUCUUUUGUCAACCAACUGCUUGAAUCUAUAAACAAUAGGUUGUCACCAGAUGGAGAAUCUUGUGUGAUCUGUCUGAAGCAUUUGUAUGUAUGGAUCACAAAAUUCUGCCAAAGGAGGCUGAGCACUGUGGCAUAAAUAGCAAAAUAAGGUAGUGUUGAAGACCCAGCACUGGGCCGUUUUUGCACUGAUGGUGGCACAAUGAAACGUGGUGUACUGCAGGGCUUGUAUGUGGUCCCUUAGUUUUCUUAGUCGUUAUCAAUGACUUUCCAUGAUGUGUGAGCCAAAAAGCACACUUCACCCUAUUUGUAGACAACACAACCAUUAUGACUGAUGAAGUAUCCAACUGCAGUCAAGGCCAGUAUAUUCAAACAGACUUUAAAUUGGUUCACUUCAAUUGGUCUGUUCCUAAGUGUCAACAAGACUUAGUUCAUUCAGUUUCAACAAGACUUAGUUCAUUCAGUUUCAAACCACAAAUAAAAAACAGGGAUUAUAUAUUAAUAACAACAUAAACUCAUCAGCUCACAUCAUCAGCUUAUAUAAAGACAGAAUUCAGCAGCAUAUGCCAUUUGUUCGAUUGCAUUUGUUUGUGUCUGGAAACAAUCAGAGCUGCAUACUGUGGAUUUUUCUAUUCUGUGUUCUCGGCUUCAUAUUCUAGGGUAACCAAUAUUUAAGUCUUAGUUGCACAGAAAAGGAUUAUCAGAAUUGUGAGUAGAGUGCACCGUUGGAUGCUUUUCCAGAAAUUUAUUCAGACAGCUGGGGAUCCACACCAUACUGUGGCAGUAUUUUUUGCUAAUGUAGUUUGUGAACAAUAAUCAUUCAGUUUAUAAAACAAACUGAUAUUAUAACCGUGACACAAGAAGUAAGGGUGAUCUCCACAAAAAUAUAAAAAAAUCUCACCAUGGUACAGAAAAAAGCAAAUUAUUCAGGCAUAAAAGUAUAAGGUUUCUACUCAUAUCUUGUGUAUGUAAUAUCUUUUAUCCUUAGAAAAUUGCCAUCCUUUCAGCUGAAUUUUCAGUUGUGGAAACAAGCCAAUCACAUGGAGAAACAUUGUGGUUAUUGAUGGAAAAAAUCUGCAAUUUGAAGCUAACUGCAAGUUGAUAGUAAUUAUACAGUUUUGAUUGCUGCACUGGAAUAUGUCAUGGAGAAAGAACCAAUUACAGUUGAAUUAUAUAUGCACCACUAUCCAGUUCAAUUCUGAAAAUGUACAAUAUCAUUUGGGCUUGUGUUAUUUAGUUGUUAACCCCCAUCCUGCAACCUCGAUAUUCUCUUCCCGACUGUUCAGUUUUUCUAGGUCAUGAGAGGUGUGUACUCCUACUUAGUGACUUGCAUCAAAUAGUGUUGCAACUACAUCAGAUUCAGUGUAUAACAGUGAUGAUGUUCACACAACCAGGUGCAUUACUUUUUGAUUUUUACAAAUAAAGCUUUACACCAUGAAACAUGCGCCAUUUGCUCCUCUAUUGGAAGUGUGGUGCCCAUUUAGAAUAAAGCUUCCUCACUUUAUGGUAGACAGCUCCUCACUCUGCCUAUUGUGUCUAUUAACUGAUCAACAGCCAUGCAAAAUGGUUGGGAAGUGGCUAGAUCUCUUGGUUGCAAUGUCUGUAUGGAUAUGUGUAAUAUACACAAAAUAAAAACAUUUUAGCUGAUCACCACAACUCUGUUGUAGUUUGCACUAGACUAAGGCAUUCUCACAAAAGUUCCAUGGGAUUAACCAAAUGUGUCCACAAGAUUCCUUUACUUAACGACUUCCCAGCUGUUCAUGCAAAAUUACAAUUUUUAUGGCACUGCGACAGAUGAAUUGUUACUGUGCCUGAAAAUUACACAUCUGCUUAGAUUCACUCCAUAUAUUUUGAGAUAAAUAUAGAACAUGUCCACACUAGCAAAUGACCACUGGACCAUCAUGGAAUAUUUCUCCACCUGCGAAAGCUGAGGAAGAUGGUUCAAUUUCAUUGGAUGCCAUGGCGCAAAAGUGGUACAGGCUGUCAUAAGGUGUGCUCUCAAUUUGUUGUCAUGGCAGAGCAGGGUGUUAUCUGUCCGUGGGAUAGAGAGUUUGAAAACUUGAGUUGGCAAGCUGCAGUCAGUGAAGCCAAUGAGCAGUCUUGCCCUUUCUCUUCCUGAUCACUAUGAUGAGAAGUAAUAAUUUAUAAAGCAAUUCUGAAUAUGGCACUGCACUGUAAUGUGUUAGUUUUUUCUUGGGUAUGAAUUUGGUAGGUGUCUCUAGAUUUCAUGUGACUACUGACCUGCAUAAGCUAUUGCAUAGGAGAUUUUAAUAUGUUUUUAAGGUGGCUGGUAUAUCUAUAUAUUUGUUAAGUGAUCAAACAGCCAUAAUAUCCAGAGUUAUAAUUUUAAUUUGUUAUUCAAUCAGGAUUCCAGUAGUAUGUUUUGACAGUAUGCUAUGUUAGUAAGUGCUGGUAACCUUGUUGUAGUGUGUCCUAAAUCCUCAUUGCUAAUAUCUCUCAUGUUUGUGGUGGUGGGGACAUGUAAGCACACACACGCAUGCCCUUGGUUGCAACUAAAGAUCUGACAGGGUUUCAGAAUGUAGCCUUACCAUGGCUGGUGAAAGGGGUAGGGUAUUAUGGAGGAAACCGGACAUUUUAUUGUAGAAGAAUGGCAGAAGCCACCGAGGACACCAGGCCAAAAGAGAGGCAGCAGGGCAAAGAGCGUUUGGGGAUAGGGAUGUUAUAGUCAGUGGAGGUGAUAUUUACCUUUAUUAAAAAUACCAUUUGGCAGAAGUUAGGCACUAACUUUGGGAUUUUGACCCAAUUUGAUGCAUUUAGUGGACAAUCUAUGACAGGUCCACGGAUGUGUUUGAGCUCAGAAAUCACAUGGCCACAUCCAAUUGUGUGACAUAUUGACGUUUCUUCCCAUUCCAUUCGUGUAUGGAGAGCACCAACAAUAAUUGCACAAAUACAUGCUGACAUAGUAAUUAGCUUUAAUAUUAUCUUCAUGGACCCUGCAUAGGGGCCUGUAUUAUUUUCCUAGAUCUAUCACGUAAUAUGUUCUUGAAAUUUCAUAGUUCAGUUUAGGGGCCUGCCAGUUCAAGUUUUUCAGUAUUUCUGUGAUUCUCUCCUGUGAGUCAAAUACACCUUUGAGCAUUUGUGCUGCUCUCCUUGUAUACAUUCAGUAUUCCUCAUUAGUUCUAUUUGAUAGGAGUCCCACAGUUAUUUUGUUACUUACCUGAGUUGUAAAUUAUUGCCAUUUCUCCUCAUAUUUAAGUUCUCGUUUUACCGUAUGUGACAUACUCGUUUACCCAGAGGCAAUAAAAUGUUUGGUCAUUCUCUGUGAAUUGCUGCAUUCUUAAUUGCUUCGUUCUUAAUUUGAAAGUCACGGUUUUGUUGGUUGAGAACAGCCACUUGUUUGAGCACAGCACUGCUGCCAAAACCGUUGUCAUGAUAUUGGUUACGUGUGAUUAUGUAGUGGUGUGGCCCAGUCUCGCAGUUGCCGGGCAGGCACAGCAUCGCUCCGGUGGUGAGUGGGAGGAUAUGGGCGUUGUGGGAGCCAUUGAUCAGGGGGUGGCGAGCGCAUCGAUUAGUCCAGCGAGCCCGGGCGUGUGGGUGGUGGCGGGGGGGGGGGGGGGGGGGGGCGAGAGUGGGGUGGCUGGGCUGCAGCAUCGAUUGCGGCCGCCGCACGUGUCGUCUGGGAGGCUGCCCGCCGCUAACAGGUGUGCGCCGGUCGCCUCCUCUCCGAUCUCCGUCCGGCGUCUCUCGCCGAUCUCCGUUAUCGCUGCCAUCCAAUGCCUACUGUCAUAGUUGAAUUUUGCCAUUGAUAGCUAAUUUCGUAUAACUCGGGAGAAAGUAGUGUUUGCCUGUCCGAAGUGCAUUUUUAAAUAUAUCCCAAGGCUUUCGCAUGAUGGCCAAUUUGUCAGAAUGCAUGAAAAGAAAAAUUUUUGAAGCAUUUUUGAGCAUACCUAGGAACCAAUAAGUUACUGAAAAGGUUGGUAAUGGAAUAGUCGAAAUAAAAUUGUCAGGCGUACUAUGACCCCAGAUAGAUGGGAAAAGUUAGUUUGAUUCUGUAACGACGCUGCAGCACAUAAUAAUGGGAAAAGUGUGUUUCGUGGUGUCGGUUAGCGAACAUUUUUAACUUUUCUGAGACCCAAAAUGUUGCUUUUUGUCGUUGAGUACUUCCGAACGCGCGCGCGUUGCCUUGUCAAACCAUUUGUUUCUUAUUCAGUUCCGUCCGAAAACUAACCAGUCGUGUCCCUUCAUUUGCAAAUAAGAUGUGGAGUGGGAACUCAGUUUCGACAUGAGGAAAAUAUGUUAGCAACUUAAAACUUGUACCUAACCCUCAGAAAAAUGUUUAAUCUAAAAACUAAACACAUACAAGUGGCCAAAAUACUUCCGCGAAAAUAUGCCGUAAAAUACUUCCGCGAAAAUAUGCCGUCUCCGCAUAAUUCUUAAGUACGAGAAAAUAAGAGGUUUGUGUGAUACUUCAGUUCACAUAGAAUUUGUCGAAAUUCCUUCAUGUUUCAGAUGUCAAACUGUAUCACCUUUGUUUCACUUAACAUUCUGGAACCCAUGUCUGCAUAACAGUUGUUCGCUACAGAGCGCGUUGUAAUUCCGAGCAACACGUCUAUAAUUGACAGUUUUAUUACGGUGUGUGCAUUUCGAAAUCCACCAGUGACUCCCGUUUUUGAAAGUUCUCUUUGAUUGUCGCUAGAUUUAGUUUGGUACUUUGAAGACGAAUUUAGUGGCAUAUUUGACUCACACAGAAAUGUCUAACAGUAUCGCAACUAAGCACAAUUUAAUAAAUCAGUAAUUUACAGACUAAUUACAUUGAUUCAAAUGCAUACAUGUUUAAAAGUUAUGCAGAGAUUGAGAAGUUGCGCAGGAUUUAUUAGCUUGAACAAGUCUACGGACAGAAUACUUCAGUGAGAUUAAGUGUGCAUAUUAUUUUCAGAAAAAAAACUUUCUAUUGUGUAAUUGUAGCAUCAUUUAGUUUCUGACUGAAGGAAUAGAAUUGCAUCCAAUUUUAUUUCAGAAUAAAGGUUACGGGAUGUCUCCUCAGCCAUCGGUCACAUGCUAUGUUCCCUUCCGCCAAUUAGCAGUCCCGCGCAACUUUGUACAAGGAAAUCAGUACCUUUUAGCACAGCUAAAUAGAGAGGCAGAUUGGAGUGGCUGUUGUUAAAUAUUCCAAAAAAUGAAGCACCAGUAAUUGACGUCGCCAUUAAAUUUUUAUCCCUGUAUUCCAGGAUGAUAUUUUUUUUUCCCUACAGAACAGAUCUUUAUGAAGGGUACGGUAGGUGAUUUUUAGAAACCAGCAUAAACAUCGACAAUAGCCAAAUUCAUCACCAGCAGAAAAAAAGAGCGAAAGUAAACGAUUCGUGUAUUUCAGAAAGUAAUACGUAAGGAUGGACGUACUUACGACGCAAUUGAUCACGUAGCCAGCGGCGACGAAAUAUUGAUGGCUGAAUAUACCGGAUUAUAUCUAAUAUUGACGUGUCAAGCUGAUGGCUGCACUACAGAGGCAAUUUUCUAAAUUUUGUAUUCCAUCUUGUCAAUGGUAGUGUACAGAUUUACAGCAUUGGAACCUGAUCAAGAAAAGUGAGCGUACGCAUCGCAACGGAUUCCCGCCUUGGGCUGUGUGUGCUGCAAGCGCACGGCUGCGUACGUGCUCGCGGCCAACGACGGCCGAUGCCAUGUUGCCAUGUUAGUGGGCCCAAGGCCGGUCGACUGGUCGCCGGGGGUCAAUGCGCGAGCAAACCGGCAACGCUGCCGCCGCCGCUGUCGCCGCCUGUAUCAACAAAAGAUUGCUCAAAACAACCACGGCGUCCUGCGGACAUGACGAUCUAGUGAAUCUGUCCCAAUGACCCGAUAGUUUAGAGUACCUGCUUGGAACUGUGUUAGUUGAUUUGUUAUGUGCAUGUAAAACUUCGCCGGUUGCCGGGAACCACCAGCGAUGGAGCAGCAUCGCCGAUGAGCGCACAAGCUACAGACGCUAAGCAGCUUACUCUUGUGUGUUUUAGGUAACUGAGGGGAAAGAAGUAUCGACAAUGUUUAGCUUUCAUAAACCGAAGGUAUACAGGUCUUCCACGGGCUGUUGCAUUUGCAGAGCAAAAUCUAGCAGUUCACGGUUUACAGAUAGCAAAAAAUAUGAAGAUGAUUUUAUGGACUGUUUCCAACUCCAUGAGCGUCGCUCAGGAGAGAUAUGCAAUGCAUGUGUGUUAUUGGUUAAGAGAUGGAAGAAAUUACCACCUGGCAGUGAACGGAACUGGAGACAUGUUGUAGAUGCCAGAGCUGGACCCGGUACAAAAUCGCUUACAAAAUUCAAAUCAAAAAAUAAAAAGAAACUGAAACAAAAAGGAGAUACAUCCCAAAAAUUAGAAAAACUCAUCAAGAAGAAACACAUCUACUUAAAGAAUGAUCGUUCGGCUCGUGAACAAAGUCCAGGAAGUUUGAGUGAUGAUGCCACAGGUGACGAUUUCAUAACAGAUCUCAGCACACUCAGUAGAGCUCAAAGUCUGGCACCAAGCCCAACUCCAAGCGAAGAGAUUGUGACAACAACUAAGCAUCGCAACAAGGCUCAUUCUCCCCACCGACGUGAGAAGGCUGCCAAACGUCGAUCGGCACUUUCACCAACUAUCAGCAGUUUCCUUGACAUGACAUUUUGGAAAAGGGAGAAAGUAUGCUGUGGCACAAUUUUCAAAGGGCCUUAUGGUGAAGUCAUUGUUGAUCCUCGAUUUCUGAAGCCGUGCCAUGGCUGCAAACCAAAGCAGCGUGCAGAAGUACAAUCAGUAGCAGGAAAAGAACCUGGAUCUUCUGGUGCCCCAGAAUGCAGUAAGAACACUGGUGGUCCCAAUAAGCUCACCAAAUCCUACAGUGAUUCUUCAUCAGAUUCAGGGUAUGAUGAGUCAUCAAACCAGGGACCUGAAGCAGUGCGGUCCCGUAGAACUGCUUCCCGUGAAGAUGCUGGAGUUCCAAGCAAUCCUCUGGCGGAGUUUGCCAUUCAUGCUGCAAGCCGCUGUCAACAGAAUGUGGCAAGCUCAGCUAAUUAACGAAAAUUUUGUUUAUAGUUUAAACUUAAUUUAUUGAAAUAUUGAUGUUGUAUGUACUUGUCUAAGAGUGAAACUGUCGUUCCACAUGCCAUUUUGCAUUGGGUCCAAAAUGAAAACCACAAUCUCAAACUUCCACAUGAGAAAGUUAGGUAUAAUUUCUGUGACUUGAAUACAAACAGCCACAUUAUUUUAAGCUACUAAGAGCAAUAACAGCCUUGACCGAUUACCUGUCCAUAAAUUCACAGCAUAUCAUUAAUUACCCUCUAUGUAAGAGGAAAUAAAAUGUGUCUUCAUAAGAAUACUGCCAUCAUCUACUAUCUGUACUUUGGUAAAAUUUUACAGGAAGAAAAUUGACUUUUUUAUAAGCAGUUCCUAAAUGGAAAAAAUUAAAAUGUUGAUACCAUGACAAUGUUAUAUAACAAAUAUUUGAUCUAUAGCUUUGCAUCAUUGUCCUCAAAGAGGAAAGUGAAACUAUUGGUGUAAAUUUGCUGUUCAGUAUAUCGGUGAGGAAAAGUUUGUUUGCAGUAUAAUUUUUAUGAGUGAAAUGGCAUUUGACAGACGAAACAGAAUUUUAUAUGAGAAAAUUGUAUUUAAACUUGACAUUUUAUGCAUUUAAAUUUUAUAGGUGUGCAGUGUCCCUUUUAAUGUAGCUUCUGUUGUUUAAAACUGGUUUUAGUUAACUACACUAUGGCAGCAGAAAGUUUCCUUUCUAUAAUAGUGUUCAAUACUCAACAAUUUUUUUACUGACAAUCCAACAUCUAGUCUGAAGAGCACUUAUCUUUUUUUAUAUAUAAAUGUCAUUUUAUUGUUGUGUAAUAAAAUAUAAUUCCUAUAUGUUCAGAUUUGAGACUGAAGUGUUUCAAUGUUUGGUGUCUGGGAAUGAAAUUUUUGAAUCUCUUAAUCACUGAUUCUUUGAUUUUUUUCUGAAACUGAAUGUUUUUCUCUGUUAUCUGUUGUGUGCGUGUAUGUGUGUGUACACGAGUGCGCGUGACUGUAUGUAACUGGCUCUUUGUUUUCGCUCUUUGAUUAUUCAGUUAUUUAUAUUUGACAUUUUUAAUAAUUUAGAGACUGAUGACAAAUGAAGGUUAAUGAACUAGUAAUCAAACUGUUGGUUACUGCUGAACUACUGCCAUAGGUUAUAAAUGUGAGAGUCCUGAGAACUCUUCCAAUAUUUUUUCAUGUUGUGAUCUCAUCUUAUUAAAUAUGGAUAGUAUUCAGAAUCUUAAUUUACUUGUCCCGCAUUUUGAGGUGCAAAGAAUUGUGGUGUUUGCACAACAUUGAUACCAGAAUGUGCAAAUAAUUAUAAAAGUGAUUUAUUAAGUAUUAUUAAAAUGUUUGGAACAGGUUGCCUGUGUUCCAGCCAGCAGAGUAUUAGUAGCUAUUGACUAUUAAAUACUUUAGACUUUAUUUUUGUUUUUUCUCCACAUUUUAUGUUCAAUAAAUUGUAUUCAGCAUAUAAUUAUGCUCAUUGUUGAAUGCAGUGCUAUUAUUCUUUAAAAAGUUAUGUAUGCAUAUAUUCUCUGAUCUUUAUAUUUCAGUAAUGACUUAAUGUGUGAAAGUGCAAUUCAAAAUCUAUGGUGCCACAUGCUGUUGAUUUGUGUGUAUUUCUACCAAGAAAUCUGUGCAUUACCUUCACCUGUUUAAGGAAUUAAUCAGGAAUAUCUUACUGUUACAAACAGAAAUACUCAUAAAUCACCAGUCACCUUGCAGGCUGAUGUAGAUUGUUCUAUGAAUAUUUAGUAAAAAGCAAUCUUAUGUUAAAUGAGGUUAAUAUUUUUUGUCUAUUAGUAGUAUGGAUUGUAAUGUGUAAAUAUGUGUUGAAAGAGUAAUGUGUGCAUUUGUUUGUAACCUAUAUUGUGAAACAUUGUUCAAGAUUUUCAAAUUAUAUGAGGUGAGUUUAAAGUUUACACCUCAGCUCAUUUUAAUGAGUAAAUGUAAGAAGAAAAAUAAAAUUCUGAAUGUUGUGAUGGCUAUUAGUGACUUUUUGACAAACCAUAGGUUGAUUUAUGCACACUGAUCUCAGGGUUGCAUGUAAAAUGUGUUAAACAGUUUGUUUUUUACAGUUUGCAAAAAGCAACAGUUUUUGACUAUGCCAAUUUUUGCAUGUAUAUUGGAGAUAGAAGUUGUAAUAAAAUUAGGAAACCAAUUUUUGUGUACAAACUGAACUUUAAUGUGUAGUGUAAAUUGAAUCCCUUGCCAAAUACUGGAUGACUUUAUAUCAUGUAGAUUGCUAACACUAUUCAUUAUAUUAAAUCUUGAAUUGGAUUUAUCCAUAGUUUAAACAAAUUUAUGUGUUGAUAUAAAUAUACUGUUCUGUAUAUUACAAAAGAAAAAGCAUUUAAAAUAGAGCUAAAUUUAAACAAAGUGAGUUAUUGAUUUCAUGUAGUUAUAUUUGUGAUCAGUUCCCAUUGUUUCAUUAAUCACCCACCAGAAAAAUCUUGUUUUGCUACUAGUGCUUAUAUUUUUUCAUCAUACACAUCUCCUGCAUUCACACUGUGAGUGUGUGGUCCAUAACAAAAAUUCUGAUUUAGAAUAAAUCAGUGUCAUAACCACUGAAGAAGCUAUGCAUUAUGACCUUUGAAAGUGCUGAAUAUCUCGUAUCUUAAACAGGAAUUAAUGAUCAUUUUGGUAAGUUGUUAUAAUAUACAACAAAUGUAUUGUGCUCCAUUUUGGCAGCCAGUCAAAUGAUUUAGUAUCCCAGAUUCAUUAUUUUUGUGCUGAAUUAAAUUAAAAUUGUCAUGUUCUUGCCAUAUAUACAUAAAAAUACUGCAGAUGAUAUGUCAUUAAUUACUGCAAGGAUGCAAUUACCUACUUCAUUAUUGGAUAUGGAGAUUGUGCAAUUAAAAAAUUGCCAGCAACUGCCUUUUAAUUGUGUUUUUAUUCAAUUUUGUUCUUGUUUUUCUGUGGAUAUAUCUGUUGUUUCAUGAAACACACAAUUUGCUUUUAAGAAGUUCCACAUGUGUAUGCUAAUAUAUACUGUGGAUAUAUUUUGAGUGGAUACUGAGUAGUCAUUUUGAUUUUGCAGUGAAAAUAUUAUUUUGUAAAGCCUUAAAUUUUUUAUCAUGAUAAAUAUUGUCAUGGAAAUAUAUUUCACGGUGUUAAUUGAAGCAUCUGUGAAAGUGAACAAUCAUUAUUUUCAAAUUGGCAGUUUAAGACUUUUGUUUUCAGUUCUUACUUACAUCUUUCACAUACAUCUAAUUAGUGUUUUGGUUAAUAGUAGCACAAAAUAAGAGGAUUCUUUUUACACAUCUAGUACAUAUUUUCAGUUUGAACUUAACAUAAAACAUGCUAUCCAACACACUGUAAAAAUGAGUUGCACUUUGCUAUUAUGUUGCAUCUGUAUCUUGAAAACUGUUCUAAUUUUGCAGUAAAAUUUUUCUCGGUGUUUAAAUGUAUAAUCAGUGCAUGAGUAGAUAUUUGCAAAGUUAGUCAAAAAUUUACCUUCUGUCAUCAAUCUACCCCUGCAGUACAAGUUAGCAUUUCUUUCCCACAGUUUCUAUUUCCAGGGUCAACUAAAUGAUUAAAAUUUUUGUUCAACAACACAUUGUUAUUAUAUAACAAAAUCAAUUCAUAAGACAUAAAAUGAACAUUACAAUUUUAUAGGAAUGUGAUGAAUGCUGGAGUUGCUAGUUCUCUUGGCAUUCAUAUGUAACCUCUCUUCAGUUAUUGCUUAUCUGAUCUAACUAGUAAAUGGUUGUUCAUAGACUUAGGGGCUACACACAUUUGUACCUGACCAUCAAGAAAUCUGCAUGUAUAAUACUUUAUCCAGAACCUAUGCACCCAGUGUUGGUAAUUGGAAGUGGCCAAACUUUGUUCUUGAAAGCACUUCUCUUGUUCACCAUAUAAAAAUUGUUUUCUUCAAUUAAUUGAAACUUGAUUGAAGUAUUACCAAUUACAGCUACUGAAUCAGUCCAAAGAACCAGAAAUAUGGAAAGUACAACUUAACACUGCCUUUAAGAUUUGACUGUGUGUUGGAUGCUUUCCAUUUUCCGAGAAAUUGCUGUGACUGGCUUUCGUACUUCCUGGUUCUAUAUAAACUUACCUUCAUAAACAUCUAAUCAAAUCAUCACAUGUAUUUUGUGGCAAUAGCAGCAACAGAACUGCUCGAACUUUAAAACUAAUUUUGAAACCUUGAGUAAAUUGAUAUUUGUGAGAUUUUUUCCUCAAGGUUGUUUCAGCCAUUGUUUAUUUAUGCUUAGCACAAAUUUCUAAUGUUUAGCAGGGUAAAAACAAUAAUCUCGAAAAUACCUUUCCGUAAAAAUACAAAAAAAUGCAGUGCAUGUUCAGAGUUUAAUGCUUUUGUUAAGGUAUCACAUUACUAAAUUCACUUUUGGGAAAACAAUUUUGUGAUGUGAAAAUGCAUGUAUUUUAAUUUUGGUGAUUUUUGACCACUUUAAAAAUUCAGUCAAUUAAUGAUUUUAGACUGCAGGUUAACGCUGCACUUUAAUUUCUUUGUGUUGCUUGUACAAGGACAUCAGUACAUGGGUACGUUUUUCUUGUGUUUAUUUCACUUGGCUCAUGCACACAGAAAAUUGGUGCUGUGAAUAACUUUUUAAUUAUUGAUAGAUUCGAUAAACAAGAAACAGCUGUAUUCUGUGAGAGGCCCAACAUUUAUUUCUGGAGUAGGGUGCAGUGGUCUGUUACUGUGGGUAAACCUUCUAAGAAUUUUUUGUCAUUAUGGUCUUGUAGAUAGCAUUUCUAUUUCUUCUGUACAUGUUGUACUUCAGUAUUAGAAAUUCAUCAGUACUGUAAAGUCUCCUUAGUUCAGUGUGUCCCUCCAACAAUAAGCAGAUAAAAAUACUGACUAAUUUAAUAAUGUGACUGAUAAAUAUUCAUUUGUAUGGCUGUCAUGUAAGAAACUGUGUUCCAUUGGUAAAUUAAAUGCUGACAUGUUCUUGCUCACUGUUUUGUACCUCACAUUUUAUAAUUAAAUAAUGGGAAUAUAGUAUGUAUAUAGUAAUUUAAGAAAAAAUAUCCGAUCAGUUGCAGAUCAGAAAGAUUGAAAUUCUAAUGUGUUCCAUUGAAGUUACCAAUGGAAUAUUCAUAACAACCUAAGCAAACUUAAUUUUAAAUAAAAAAUAGUAUUCUUCAGUGGGUAUUGAUACUGGAAAACUGAGUUAAAUUGUGAUUGUUUGCUUUACAUGUAACUUAUAACUUAAUUUGUGAGUGAGGGAAUUACUUGAUAUUCUUCCAGAAUUUCUGUAGUCCACAUCUCCUAAAACUUUUAGUGAGUGUUAUGUUGCUCCCUGAUCCUCCCUCCCUCACUCUUUGGCCAACAAUACGUGCUCUGCUGAUUCUUUGUUCUUGGUCAUUGUCGGAAGACGGGUUCCCUUCUCUCUCUCUCUCUCUCUCUCUCUCUCUCUCUCUCUCUCUCUCUCUCUCUCUCUCUCUCUGACUCUGACUGAAAUACUGUGCUGUCAUUCAUAAUUUUAACUUAAGUAAAAAUUAAAAGGCUGUUCACUUACAGUGUGAUCUAAAGUGUUUACAGUUAUGAACUCUUAAUUAUUCACUCAUGUCAUGAACAAGCUGUUAACAUUCAUUUAUGAAGUUGUUUUCUCUUAGAGAUUUAAAAUACUCACAUGCCACAAUUUAGUCAAAUGUAGUGCUCUUUCCCUUCCUAUAUGAGACAGGCACAACCAUAGGUAUUCACAUUUGGUACAAAUUGAAAAGUCUGUUGAUGAAAUAUUUUUCAUCGUUCUUAUUUUUAACAGCAUCAUCCAUACAGCUGGUUUAUAACAGCAGGACUUUGGAGCCAGCAGUUACAUAAUCAAAACAAAAUCAGUAUUAUGUGUGUGUCUGAGAAACUGCCUUUUGUAGUUGCUGUACUUUGGUGUUAGAUUUCAUAUCUUGAAAGUGUCUGUGUAGAGUAAUGUAGUAACUCAGUAUAUUUUUUUCUGUGCUCAUAAAGCUAAAGAUGUUUGUGAUAAUUUAAUGAUUUUCAAGACCAAUAUUGGAAUGAAAUACAUGUAAAACUGAAAGACUAAAUGGGUAACAGUGUUUUGAAAUUUUGUACAUCUUCUAGUAUAGUUGCCCAUGAUUUUAUGUGAAAGUGUGUACACUGGUGAUUCUGUGAAUGUUUUAUUGUCCAAACACUGUGUAACUGAUGCAAUAUAUUUAUAGUACUUUAAACAA